AUGGAAGCACCCGAGACCACGGAAGGCUCGAUCUUGGUCGGCGCCGCGAGACGGACAUUGGGCAUUUGCCUGCUGCUUGUCGUGGUCUUCCUAUGGACGGCCUCGAACUUCCUCGCCAGUACAAUAUUCGCCGACGAUACAUACUCAAAACCGUUUUUCGUGACAUACAUCAACACCUCGUUAUUCAUCCUUCCUCUCUUCACAAUUCUCUCUAGACGGCUCUUGAAACUAUGGCGGGCAGGGAAGCUCUACCGGGUUAGGUCUUUCAAGAGCCUAUUGGAGCACCUCGAUUCUCAUGAUACGAACGUCGAGGCACGGGGUAUACUCAGUCACAAUGCAGGAGGGGAGCGUUGGCGCAGCGAGGACGAAGACCCUGAAACAUGGGCUGGUGCUAGGUUCAAUGCUGCAUCUCGAGGCCAGCCAUCUAAGCUGGGAUUGAAGGCGACAGCUAAGCUGAGCUUUGAGUUCUGUUUGUUAUGGUUCUCCGUGAGUACUAGCGAUCAGUAG